CGCCGACGAUGGUAUGCAGCGGGUGAAAAACGUCCUGUCCAUGUGUCUUCUUGCGAACGUGCUGCAUCCGUGACUUCCUGGCGCGCCGCACAACAUGGUCGGAGUGGUAUUGUAAUUACACCUGUACGCGCGGGAGAGGUUGGCGAUUUGCUUCGUGUGCACCGCCUUGGGGAUGGAGGCGUAGGGACGUCAGUUGGGCCAACUGAGAUGGAGCGAUGGACCAAGCACGGAGUAAGAGGCGUCGGGGAUCAGUGCUUCCUGUAAACGACUGUAUCCUCAUCGGUGCAUGCUACUAAAUCGAACUGGAAACUUGUUCGUACUGCCAUUAAUCCUGCUUGCUCCUCUGAAGUGGCGGAAGGCAAGUGAGGAGUCCCUAGUACACAUAUCUUGUCAAGUGGGCCAAUUCACGCGGCAUCAAAGAAAAUUUCUUCCAUCUCGCGCCUCACCAUGCCGCAGUGGUGGUGAUCCUGAUGAUAAUAUGUCUGGGGUCACCCCAUGAGUCACCCAUGGCAUAUCGUGUUGAUGACUGUGAUUGGGCCGUUGUGAUUUGUAUAAGAAGAAGGUCGAUUCGACGCUGAAAAACUUCCAAGUUGAAAUUACUAUGGGGUGCCCGUGCUGGAAGCCUCAUCGUUGUAGUCUCCCGAAGCAAAGCAAAGACUCG